GGCGGCGGCGGCGGCGGCGGCGGGGGGCGGCCGCUCCCGGAGGGCAUCCCCGGCGGCGGCGGCGGGCCGAGAGCGGGUCUCGCUCCUCAGCACCUCCUUCGUGCUCAAAGGGGACGCGUCUCACAACCAGGCGAUGGUGCACUGGACGGGCGAGAACAGCAGCGUGAUCCUGAUUCUUACCAAGUACUAUCAUACUGACAUGGGAAAAGUGCUGGAGAGCUCUUUGUGGAGGUCCUCAGAUUUUGGGACGUUAUACACAAAGUUGAAUCUACAGCCUGGGAUUGCCACUGUUAUCGACAAUUUCUACAUUUGUCCCACCAACAAAAAAAAGAUCAUUCUUGUAAGUUCUUCCCAUAAUGACCGUGACCAAAGCCUUUUCAUAAGCACAGAUGAAGGAGCUACAUUCCAGAAACAGCCCAUUACUUUCUUUGUGGAAACUCUUCUCUUCCACCCAAAAGAAGAAGACAAAGUACUCGCUUACACAAAGGAAGGCAAGGUUUAUGUAUCCAUUGACUUGGGGAAAAAGUGGGUCCUUCUUCAGGAACGUGUUUCAAAAGAUCAUAUUUUUUGGGCUGUUGCUGGAGUUGAUGGAGACCCUGAUUUAGUUCAUAUGGAAAUUCAGGACCCCAGUGGAGGUUAUCGUUACAUCACUUGCCAGAUUCAAAAUUGUUCUGAUAAGACAAUGACAGUCCAGUUUGCUGGUGGCACUGAUCGGGAUUCCCUGACUGUGCAGGAUGACUACAUAUUCCUUCAGACAACAUCAGCAAAUCGGACCAAGUAUUAUGUAUCCUACCGUCGAAAUGGCUUUGUGCAGAUGAAAUUGCCAAAAUAUGCCUUGCCAAAAGAUUUACAGAUAAUCAGUACAGAUGAAAACCAGGUAUUUGUGGCUGUUCAGGAAUGGUACCAGACAGACACAUACAAUCUGUACCAGUCUGACCCACAAGGCAUUUACUACUCCAUCCUGCUGGAGAACGUCCGGAGCACAAAGCAGCCAGAAGAGAAUGUCCUGAUAGAUAUUCUGGAGGUCAGAGGUGUAAAAGGAGUCUUUCUGGCCAACCAGAAGAUUGAUGGGAAAGUUGCAACUCUAAUAACCUACAACAAAGGCCGUGACUGGGAUUUUCUAAACCCUCCAGACAUUGAUAUGAAUGGAAAACCUACCAACUGCAAACCUCCUGAUUGCUACCUUCACCUCCAUCUCCGCUGGGCAGAUAAUCCAUAUGUGUCAGGAACCGUCCAUACAAAGGAUACUGCACCAGGACUCAUCAUGGGAGCAGGUAACCUGGGAUCCCAGUUGGUUGAGUAUAAAGAAGAAAUGUACAUCACAUCUGACUGUGGGAAGACAUGGCGCCAGGUCUUUGAAGAAGAGCAUCACAUCUUGUACCUGGACCAUGGUGGAGUUAUUGUGGCCAUCAAAGAUACCUCUAUCCCACUGAAAAUACUCAAGUUCAGCAUAGAUGAAGGCCAGACUUGGAGUACACAUAAUUUUACAAGCACCUCAGUCUUCGUAGAUGGAUUACUUAGCGAACCUGGAGAUGAGACACUGGUCAUGACAGUUUUUGGACACAUCAGUUACCGCUCAGACUGGGAACUGGUGAAAGUGGACUUCAGGCCAUCCUUCUCCAGGGAGUGCACCGAGGAUGACUAUGAAUCUUGGGAGCUCACAAAUCUACAGGGUGAUCGUUGCAUCAUGGGUCAACAGAGGAGCUUUCGGAAAAGGAAGAUUUCAUCAUGGUGCAUUAAAGGGAGAAGUUUCACUUCAGCUCUAACAUCCAAAGUCUGUGAAUGUGCGAACUCUGAUUUCUUAUGUGAUUAUGGGUUUGAACGCUCUGCACCUCUGAAGUCACAGUCUAGCAAGUGCUUUGCUGACUUUUGGUUUAACCCAGAAGCACCUCCUGAAGACUGUGUGCUGGGGCAGGCAUACACCAGCAGCAGUGGGUACAGGAAAGUUGUAUCUAAUGUGUGUGAAGGUGGUGUAGACCUGCAGCAGAACUUAGCACAGCAUUUGUGUCCAUUGAUUGCUCCCAAGGGACUUCAGAUCAGCAUCAGAGGAGAAAGCCUGGCUGUUAAGCCUGGGGAGGACAUCACCUUCGUUGUCAGACAAGAGCAGGGUGAUAUAUUGAAUACCAAGUACCAGGUGGAUCUUGGCGAUGGAUUUAAGGCAAUAUAUGUGAACCUUACAAUGACUGGGGAACCCAUCCGUCACCGUUACGAGAAUCCUGGGAUUUACCGUGUCUCGGUGAAGGCUGAAAACGUUGCUGGACAUGAUGAGUCUGUAGUGUUCGUCCAAGUCAACUCUCCUCUGCAGGCUUUAAAUUUAGAAGUGGUUCCAGUCAUUGGCAGAAACCAGGAGGUGAAUCUGACAGCCAUCAUACUGCCCAAGAACCCUAACUUGACAGUCUUCUACUGGUGGAUAGGAAACAAUCUUCAGCCACUUCUUACACUGGACAGUUUUCUGGUGACGAGGUUUGCUGUGACAGGUGAUGUCAGAGUGACAGUGCAAGCUUCCUGUGGGAACUCCAUGCUACAGGAUUCCAAAGUUGUCCACGUUUUUGAUCAUUUUCAUGUUCUUCCUCUGAAGUUUACCAAACACCUGGACAUGUACAACCCCGACAUACCAGAGUGGAGGGAAGAUAUAGGGCGCGUAGUAACACGACUUCUUGCAAAGGAAACCAAUAUACCUGAAGAAACGCUUAUGACAGUUGUGAAACCUGGUCUGCCCACAACUGCUGACUUGCACGUGCUGCUACCAGCAAAUCAACCUAAAAGGAAGAGAAGUGUAAAUAGUGAUAAGAGAAUAGCAGCUAUAAAGCAGGCCUUGAAUGCACACAACAUCAGUUUCUUUCUGCGGGGAGGAUACUGGGUCUUAGUGACAUUAGCAGACUCUGAUUCAGACUCUCAAAGAAUUGGAGGAGGCAGUGGCUACUGGGCUAUUGUGGUUCUCUUUGUUAUCUGUCUAGUCGCAGUUGGAGCUUUCAUCCUCUACAAGUUCAAAAGGAAACUACCAGGCAGGAAUGUCUAUGCCCAGAUGCACAAUGAAAAAGAGCAAGAGAUGACAAGCCCUGUUAAUCAUAGUGAGGACACCCAGAACAUCAUCCAGGGUGAGGAGUUUAUUGAUGAUGAUCUGGACUCUCAAACGCUAGUGACUCCUUCUGGGAGAAGUGGCAACUUGAACAGCUACAGAGUUCCCCUAUUGCUGAUGCCGGUCAGUGUCCAGUCCCAGGCAAUCACUCAGGCGUGGUUUUGAGCAUCAACUCCAGAGAGAUGCACAGUUACCUGGUUAGCUGAUAUUUACAGCUGAACGCAAAAACCGAAAGACUCUUCUCUGUAUCGUUUUAUUUUUCCCUGGUGAUGUCACAAAAUUGCAAAUAUGGCUGUAAAUGCUGGUGGAGAGAAGGUUCCCUAACAGUCCCAUGGAAAAAAGCGUCCAUCGUCAGUUACUGGUGGAGAAGGAUGCACAUCUUGUGUUCACUAACGGCCUGAGAAUUUGUUAUUCAAACUCAAACUACAGUAGCAAAUGUGUAGCCCUGGGCACAUUCAAUGCCACCUUCUUUCUUUCCUGUAUAAGCUCUAGUUCUCUCUGUUUAUUUUUAGGAGGGUUGACUGUAACUUUUUAAUUAUAUUUUUAAUUGAGGUAUUCAGCAGAAGGAUGGGACUCUUCAGCUUGAAAAGGUGAUUUCUAAACCAUCACUGGACCAGACCAGGGGCUGGUUGGUCUCAAUGACAUGGUUUCAGAAUGCCGUAACUCAACAGUGGUUCUGUACUGGGAGAGGACUGAGCAAGGAGCUGGAUGUGCUCCUAGUCAGUACAAGCUCUUAACUUAAAUACAUGUGAGACAAUCUAAUGAAUUUAGGCCUAAGCCCUUCUGUGGAUUAAACAAAGUAAAGUGCUAAAUAGGUUAUCUCAUAAUUAUAGGAUAACACUCCUUUAAGUGUAGCAAGUCCUGACAAACCCUCAGCACCAGAACCUCCCCCGAUCCCACCCGUGUAUGAGAUAAACACACCAGCGUGAAGCUUUUCCCAGACCAGGUGCCUUCGCUUACAGACGGUCAUUUCAGUUGCUCUCCUCUUGUCUUCUGAGUGAGCACCUCUAGGAUGAUGACAGCUGCCAGAGCUGUUAUCAUGUAACAACCCGUGCUGAUGGCCUGUCUCUUUUUAAAUUUCCUUAGAGUGUAAAUACGUCUUCAUGGUCACUGUCUUUGUAGGAUUAUUUUUUUUAAGACUUGCUGUUAGAGCAGAGAUGCCGGGAAGGUCAGAGUCCUCCUCCAGUUUGGACGCUGCAGUUCCUUUCCUACCCGCAUCUUCCCUUGGGAUAUCAACUUUGGAGGCAGGGAUGGGCAAACUCAUACCCAGACUCCUCCAUUUGUGUUGGUCUGACAAGGCAGAGGGCACGAGGAGGGCCUGUAUCAGUGGUAUCAGGUCCGUGCUUCCUUUCUCUCACCACAGGGUGUCACUCGGGCCCCACCACAGCAGUGGUCCCAACUUCUGCAGGUUGGGCAGGGGGUGAAAUAGGGCGCUUCUCUUGGAAACCUGCAUAAUCUCUUCACUUUUUGCCUUCAGUAGAGGAUAAAUAGCUCUUUACUCACUGAAUGUCAUGCUGAUGCUAGUGGCAAGCUCCCACACCACCUUGCGUGCAGGGAAUGUAGCUAGCUGCAUCUGCCUGAGUAAACAAGCAGUAAAUAAUGUAUGCUGGCAAGACACAAAAGAACUGUCUUAAAAUUACCCCAUGCAUUGGAGUCAUUCUUCUGCAUAGCUGUGGAUAUCCUAGAGCAUAUGGUUGUCAAAUGCAGCAGAGUGGGAUGUCAUAAUUCAGUGCAGUAGUGUGGGCUCUCAGAAACCCCACAGGAUGUAUGUGUAAAGCACAAGAAAAUCUUGUUUAGAAACUUCAUGAGAUGACCUGAAUGAAAAAGUUAAAGAUGCUGCAAAAUACUGCAGACUCCUCAGGAAAAUAAAUUCAAAAUUCUUUCCAAAAUUUCUGCCUACGUAGUGGUGGAGUGCCAUGCAAACUGACCAAGAGGGAAGCAGUACUUUAGCUAACUGUCGUGUUCAACAAGUGCGUGCUUAAAUCCAAGGUGUUACGUGGAACUGAGUCUGCAUUUCUCAAAGAGAAGUGUGAUAUAGAAUUUGCUGUGCAUUGGAAACUUUCCCUUCUCUCUAGCUUUCUAUGCGUUCUCUAGUGGAAAUGAGACAAAACAGACAGUAAAAUAGAAUUGCAAACAGCUUGCUUGUUCCUGUGAAAUGAAUCUGAAGUGGGCAUGGAGCAAGUGAGUAGGGGACUAGUCUCAUGGACAAGAAAUGGGAUGGAGACCCAAGCACUGGAAUUGCUCUCCCACUGUUUGUCUGAUUAGUUAAGGACAUUGUUGGAACUGGGUCACAUAUUCGAUCUGUUCUUUAGCAGCUACUUUCAUACAUUUAAAACAGGGUGAUUUGUGUCUCUGAUAACAGCAGUCUUUUGGAAAAGAAUAUUUAACCACACGGUACUCUAAUUAACACUUAGCACAAUGUAGUGCCUGUAAUAAUGUUUUUCAAUGCUAAUUAAUUUGAUUCAUGCAGCACUCCUGCAAGGUUGGUUUGUCAUGUCUUAAAAGCGCUGUUUUCUAAAGAGUUGUCAGUAUUGUUAUAACUGUAUUAGCAAUAUCCAACAGAUAAUAAAGUAAGCCUUUAGCUCUCUGGCAAGAAUAACUUUAAAAAUGAAUUAUUUUGAAACUGAGAAAAUACCAUUUCUAUUUUCCCAUUUGCAGUUUAUCUUCAAGUGAAAAUGAUCUGUAGUGUUAGGUUUUGAAUCUCUUGAACUAUGUCCAUGAUAUAUAUAUAUAUAUAUAUGUAUAUACACCUUAAAAUGCUUAUAUAUGUGUGUAUCUCCUUUACCUAAGUCUGAUUACAUGCAUAUACAGAAACAGAGUUCUUUCUUUGCACACCAGGCACACGUGCACACAUGAGUACAUGCAGUGUUUGUACACACUCCAGUUAAGAUUGUUAGUGAGGAAGGGUGAUUAGCUAAGAAACAGAAGAUGGGUGUCACACACCCACAUACCUGGAUUCUGUACCCAGACUCUGGGCAAAUUACUUAACCUGUAUGUGCCUCAGUUUUCCCACCUGUAAAAUGGAGCUGAUAGUAAUUACCUACCUCACAGGGGUAUUGUGAGGCUAAAUCAAUUCCUGUUUAUUCAGGAUCUUCAGAGUGAGUACAUAAUAUUAGUAGUCUUGCUUCUUUAUUUUACUUAUAAUGAUUGUUGUUAUUUAAAGAGUACUGAAACCAACCACAAUUAUAUAUAACUGUAAAAAUAUCCAUAAUCCAAAACAGGUACACAACUGUUAGAAAUAAAAAUAAUGUAAUUUGAUUUGAAAACUGUUACUGGACCAUAUUGUUAUGCAGUAACAUUGCAGCAUUGGCUGUGAUCUUGCUAAUUUGCACCCCAGUAUCUUAAACUUCCUUUUCUGCAGUGUUACAUGGUCAAAGGUCUUAUAUUAAUUGGUACAGUGCUUCCUAUCAAUAUUGGCAGUGGACUAUACUAAAACCAAUAACAACAAAACUGGUAUUGUAUUGGCAUCAUUUAGAACUUGUGGUCUUCUUAAAUUGUACGUAUUUGCAAUUUCAAAAGCACCUGAUACUUUUCAGUAUGCUCCAUUAAGUGCUGAUAUGAAGCAUACUUACACAGCCAUCAAGAUUUACAGCUUGGUUUUCCUUUUGGCACUGGAUGUUUGAGAUGGCUGUAGGGUGAUCUACCCAGAUAAUGUGCUCAGAAAUGCCCAAAGACAUCUAGUGACACGCAACCACCCCCAGCGUAAAUUAAUUUCUCAAAAAUAAAAGCAAUAUAAACUAAUGUGUGCUUUAAUACCCUUUAAAGAGGGUGGUGGAAGUGACUGUGAAGAAAUAGAUGGUGUGAGCCUGAGGCAACCUGCUGUUACAGCUCCAAUUCGCAUCCAAUUUCUUUGAACUCUGUGAGGAUAUUCUCAUUGAAUUAUAUCAUUCUUGGUGAGUUUUCUGCUUCCCUUGGCCAGUGGGAAAAGUGUUUGUUCUCAUAAAGCAAUUUGUUACUUUACUGUCCUCUGGACAAACAAAGGCAUAUCACUGGUUUGCCAUUAUCAAUUCCAAGUACAAAGCAGAUUUCAGGUGACAUUACUACAUUGGUUAUCUGUAUUUUAAGUCACUGAGAAAUCCCUUUAGUGGGAAUACUCUAUUACUGCAUGCUGCCUCUUUAAUAGAGGUUAGCAGAAUGGAACUGCAUUGGUUUCUAUCCUCCUUACACAAAGACGUGUGUUUUUUUCAUUUGUAAGAAAUGAAAUGCAUUUGUUUGCUGUCACUUUUUGAUGGCAAACCAGUGAUUCUGCUACGCUUUGAAUUGUUAAUGUUAUGUAAAUUUGAAUAUGAUGUUGCUAAGUCAGUAACAGUAAUGACAGUUGCAGUUGAAGAUGUUCCCUUUGUUUCCUAUAAAACUGUGCUCUAAGUUUUUUUAAUGAAGCUUUUGGGGGAAAAAGAGACUAAAAUUUUCCAUUUCAUUGCCAAAUCAUUUACUUUUAGAGUUGCUUUUUAUAUGUUGAUUGAUACUGCUGUGUUUUUUCCAUCUUCAUUCUGGCUUAUGAUCAGAAAGAAAUUUAUAACCAUUCACCUUUAUAAAUCUUUUGAGAUGCAGAACAUAACUGGGUAAACCAGACUGUCCCUGAAGUCCCUUCCUAUAUUUUUUUUCCCUCUUCCAGACCCAAUUGCAUAUUUCUUCUAUUUUUCUUCCUGAGAGUGGCGAAUAGCCUAAUCACACUUCUCUGUGAAAAUCUUUCUAAAACUCUCAUUAGAAUAGCAUUUAAGUGCCUAGAAGUAGUUACAGAGUCUGCUUAGAGUGCUUUCAGAAUAUUAAGUCUAUAUUUUCAUAUUCAUUAUUUGCUUUCAUUAUUUGCUUUCAGUAUUAGCCCUCUGAUGCUGCUUAAGUGUUUAUUCUUUUCAUGGCUACAUGUACAAUGUUUUUCACUUAGUUUCAGGUACAAUCAUCAAGUGACAAGUUUUGAAGUACCUCGGACCCCCAGUUAGCUUUAGCAAUUAGGAGCUGAAGCCCUGCAGUCUUUGACAAAUGUCAAGUUAUGCACUCUUAGUUUUUUAAUAGUCCUUCACAAGUCAGCCCUCCAGGCUGGCAUACUUCUGCAGUUUUCUUCCCAUUCUUUUUGCUGCCAUAAAAGACAGGAGUGCAGAAGGGUUUCACCAUGCCAACAACAGACCUAUCCCAGAUUUGAACAGGAACCAUUCUAUGGACUCAUUUUUAAUAUUUUCUACUUUCUUUUCAAAUAUUUUGCAUAAAGUGCAGGGGAUGAUGCAUACCAUCAGGGAAUUGAAGACUGGUCGUCUGCACAAAUCGUACUUCAGAAUGGUCUGAAGACAAAAGAAUAUAUUUCUUUCAAAAUUCCUUUUUUUUUUUUUUUCUUUCCUGAAAUUGAUGUACGUACAGCAAGUUGGGUUCAGUUUUUGUAAUAUGCAAGGUCGUACUUCUUUAAGUCUUCAGGCUUUGAAUUUUCCUCCUGCUAAAUGGAGUAGCAAAUUACUUAAAAUGUGAUUUCUGGAGCUACAUUUAACUGAAUAUUUACAUUCUUUUUGUCUCUCUCUUUCUCUCUUUUUUAAAAUUUAGGCUUGUCAUAAUUACUAUUUCCAGAUACUUUAUGUGCCAGUAAUAAUGAUGUUCUUCUGGAAAACAGUAUUUAAGACAAGAAAUACUGAAAGGCUUAGAAAUAUGCCUUCAGAAGUGCAACGAUACAGCCCUGUAGGCAGUGGUAGGCUAUGAGUAUGCUGGACAUAACAAAUCUUUAUCAAAGAGCUGUUAUGGUUUAUAUUCAAAUAUUAUCAUUUUUAAUAAUCUCUCUUCAAAUAUAUUCUUAAUUGCAAUCUCUUGUCUCCUUUUAGAUGAAGUUUCUUUUUAGGAAAGAUAUUUAAUAGUCAUUCUAAAAAGAAGUAUAUUCUUUCCCUAACGCUAGUAAUUCAGUUCAGAAUUAUUCUUUGCAAUACUUGGAAAGCAUUAUAUAAAUGUGAACUUUAUUAGCCAGACUUGAUUUCUGAGUUUCUGUAGAAUUUGCAUUUUUAUGCCAGUUUGUUGCAAUGCAGUGGACAUAAAGCCGUGUUAAGCAGCAAUAAUACGUGCAGCACUGAAUGCUUUGGUUGCCUAUAUUUUUAAUGGUAUCAGGAAUAUAUUGAUCAUCAGUAAGUUCAGGCAUUCCAAAUAACUUCCUUAGCAUAUCUUAUAUUUCUAUGUUAUUUGUUGAUAGUUUUGUCCACUUUCUGCUACUUUUGUUCAUUUCUUACUGAAACUGACUUUGAUCUUGCAGAUCAAGAGGCAAAAUUGGCUUGUUCUCUUUUAAAUAUCAUAGAAUCAUAUAUAUGUAUGUAUUCAUUCACACCAUUUGCUUAUUAAAUUAAAACACUUUAGGAAGUAAAUCUUUCUAAGGUGCGAAAGAGAUGCUCGGACAGAAAAAGAGCAGACUUGUAUCCACAUGGCUUCUGUGGCAGGCACCUUGUUAUGGAUUGCAAACAGGCAGAGCUACACAGGAGAAGUGCACAUCCCAAACAUCACUCGUGUUCACGUAGGCAAUUCACAAGUGAAAAAAGUAAAGGAGCACUUUAAAUACCCUGUUCAGAUGUAUCAGGUUCGCAGAAGGACAGUCAAUGGUAACAGUUACAGACUGUCAUCAGAAACAUAGGAAAAUACCCAAUUUACUGUCUCUGCUAGUAAAUGCACUCCUCUCUUUAUUUGUUGUUUAACUUUUGAGUUGCUAAACUCUUUGGAGAGAUGACCUCCAUCAUUUAAUGCUUAGAACAUACUGAUAAGUACUUGGUGACACUAUACAGAAAAAUUGAUCCAAAUUUCCAUUCUCUUUAUUAUUUUUUUUUCCCUGCAUAUUGACUCUCUGCAUUUCUUUCUCCCUGCCUCUUUUCCACUUUCAACUCUUUACUACUUUCACAUUUAAUUUUGGCUCACAUAUUCUUUAAACCUUUUGGGGACCCUUUUGCCUUUCAAGCCCUUCUUCCAGCUCCUUGGCCCGGAGAACAGGUACUUCUGCCUGAGAUCAGGAUUGGUUUUGUCCUCCUUGAAGGAAUGAUAAACCUGUAACUAGCAUUUUUUUUCUCUCAUUUGUAUACAUUGGUUUUACUGUCUGUCUUCAGUGAAAGAAAUAUAUCUGACAGAUAGCUGUACCCAUAAUCUCCCAAAUACCUCCUCCUGCCUCAUUUCAGGUUAUGAGGAUGAGAUAUGAUGUUUGCACAAGUCCUCUAAACCUGGAAAGUAGAUGAAAUAAAGAGGAUCUAUUGCUAUGUGGAAGAAUAGCAGGCAUCAGUCUUUUUUGGGAACAGUUUGUUGGGUUGGUGAGACACAUCUGAAUGCAACCUUUCCUGAAGGCAGAGGCAAAUGGCUUUCUCUCAAGUCCAAUAAAUUGCAAAUUUAAAUGUCACUGGAUAGUUUUGGUAGAUUCUUCCUGUUGGAGAAGCUUGGAGAUGAUUGAGAUAACAUAACUGUAAAGCUCAGAGGUCUUUUUGUAGAGUAGAACCUAGGUUAGAUGGGGAAGGUAUGCAAGAAAGGUGCAGGAGGGAGAAGAGCACAAGGUUAUACAGGACAGAGAAAUGCAAGGAGAAAGGCAGAGUUAUCAAUUUGUAUAAUUCUGCCACGAGUGUUUGAUUUUAUAUUUUCCUUAAUCUAUUUGUAAUAGCUUGCAUUUUCAAUAUGCAUACGGAGGCUUUAAACCUUAAGUCUAAAUUGCUGCAGCACCAGGGGCAUAACAUUACUAAGAUAUCAGCACUACCAAUUUGGAGAGAUCAGAUGCACAGUGACAUCACAUAUGAGGUACCUGGAAAAGAGUAUGCUUCCCACCAACCAGAAUGCAUCUAUAUGUGCUUCAGAGGCAGCUCCAAUGCAGCUUUACCUCUGAGAUGAAUGCAGGCCAGUUGCUAAUAGUUCUCCUCCUUAGCAUGGCACUGAGCUGGGAGGCAAGGGAGAAGAGUUAUUUUAUGGAUUAAUGAUGGGUAUUGGACUUAUAAUGCUUAAAUGUGAUCUGCUAGAAUCCCUCUAUGACCUAUGAUUUUAUAAAGUUUAGAGAGGAUGAAUGGAGCUGAUGAGUAGGCAGAGCACUCCUGAGGGUAAAUGCCAGACACUGGAGUUUACUGAACAUGUAAAUAGAAAUUUUAGUUUUAGGUACAGAGAGUUCUUACAUUUCCUAUACACACCAGACAUUUGAGUACAGCUCCUUCCUUAUUUGUCACUGCCACGUUAUGAUUUAUUUCUUCAUGGGUGCAUGGCACGAGAUACAUUUGCCACAGGGCAGGAGGCACUGGAGUGAAAACCUAAUCACAUGGAGGAAAGAAUUCUCCCCUCUUCAUCUCAGUCUCGUCUGAGUUAGUUUUCUCUGAUUGUGGUUCUGCCAGCAAGCUGGCCUGAUGUCAAAAGGGGAUUUACUCAUUUUUAUCUUCUUUGGUGUGACUGAGGGGAAAAAAAAAACAGAAAAAAAAAAAAAUUUGCAAAGGAAUAGCAGCUCAGAAGAGCUGCUGAACUCGAUCAGCUUGUAAGGUGCUUCCACCCUUUGUACUUUAUUUACCACUUAUUUUCACAAUGCUGUACCCAUACUUUGAUUUACCGUAGAUGUGUUUCUUUGCAAGAGCAAAAAAUCAUUCCAAAAAAUAUCACACCAGAACAUCACAAAUGAGGUUUUGGAAGACAUCAGCUGUACUGCCCUUCCUCACCCAAAUUAAAGUAUCCCGGUAUCAUGAGGCACUGGCAGAGGCUGCCCAGAGGGGUGGUGGAUGCCCUAUCCCUGGGGACAGUCAAUGGCAGGCUGGAUGGGGGCUUUGGGCAUCUGAUCAGUCUGUAGGGGUCACUGUUCAUUGCAGAGGAGUUGGACUAGAAGACCCUUUGGGGUCCUUUCCAAAUCAAACAAUUCAAUGAUUGUAUGAUCAUAACUCUGCACUCGCACUCAUGAAUCUGUGCUAGAGAUAUAAAUUCACCCAGGAUUAGAUAUUGGAGAAAGAUUUGAGAAAGAAGGAGACUUGGAAUGGGAGAAUUUUCCAUUUUAAGAGUAAAGGAUGAAUGUUGUCAUAUUUACCUGCAUCUCUGGCUGUUCCAACAUGUGAGUCCAAAAUCUUUCCUUCCCAACUUGGACAAAUCAACCAUAUAUAUUUCAUUGGCAUUAUCCAUAGGAAUAAAGUGGAAAAAAAAAAGGAUGAUUAAACCAAACUCAGUAUCUUCAGGCUUGUUAGAGGUACUGUUCUUGGCAAAGCCAAUAAAAUGAGAGCUAAACUUGGCACACUACUUGCGAAUUUUUCCAAAGCGAUCCUCAUUUUGUUGUUCAUGUGGAGCAUCAUUUGUUUUGUACUGUGGGGCCAAAUUCUACCCUAUUUUAUGGCCAUGCAGAUUCACAGACUUUGUCAGGUAAACUGUGUUCCAGACGAAGGGCAUUCAUCCAUGGGGAAUCUGAAAUGUAGCUGCAGUUGUCAUCUCUCUGCACCCAUAUGCACACAGCUGAUUUCACCUGGAAUUCUUAUUCCAAUGGUUAACAUGAGUGUAUUUUGUAUACCCACAAACUAAUUACAACUACAUUUUUUAACUACUUGCAACUGCUUUUUUUAAAAUACGAUCAAUGAAUGGGACAUGGUAUAGCAGGCAAUAUUGGUGGUAGGUGGAUGGUUGGACUAGAUGAUCUUACAGGUCUUUUCCAACCUUAAUGUUGGAAAAUCGUAGAAUCAUAGGAUUCUAAAUGCUUAACACUGUGUUUCUGACCAGAUUUCUGGCAAAGGACCCUUGCAAUCCAUGCAAACACUCUUAGUGGCAGUCAGUAUGCUGCAGUCCUCUCCUUCUGCCUUUGCACAUUUUAGUAUUUGUGAUAUCCGUACAUGCCUUUUCCUGUUUUUGUUCUGGGAGACCAUGACCAGGUUUCUUUGUAUCAGGACUCAAGGGAAGAAUGAGAUUAAUCCAUAACUGGUGCAUUGUCAUAAACGGGGAAAAGUGUUAUUUGUAUAUUAUUGUAAAUAUGUAACAUUUAAUGGCAGUUUUGUAGUGACGUGCUGUUUUUGAGAAGGAAGAAAUCAAAUAUAUGUUUGAAUAUGCUUAAUGUAACACUUAACUGUGAUUCUAUUGCACAAUUAAUAGCUUAAUCAAAAGUCUUGUGCAAUAUGUAGUGCACACACAUAACCAAGUAUCUGUUAGUGGUCCACAACCAAGGUUUUGGCAACUUUUAAUGAUGGUGAUGAACUGUGCAGUAUGGUUUAUCACAGUCUCUUUCAGCUUCCAAACAUGUAGCAGGCAGACUACUGUAUACGUACCUGUGUACUCCACUGCAUCCAAAGGUAUGCAUUUGUCCUGAGAACCUGCACUACAGGUUUUUCUUUAAUAAAAUUUGGUUCUAAACUA